UUACGAGAGCACUAAAACCACGACGAUGUCUGACGCAGCAGCAGCAACAGCACCGGCUCCGGCCAAGAAGGCGACCAAGGCCAAGAAACCAGCCAAACCAAAGGUACCAUUACCUCACCCAUCAUUCGCCGACAUGGUCAUCAAAGCUAUCACGGCUCUGAAGGAAAGGAAAGGAUCCUCCAGGAAGGCUAUGAUCAAAUACAUCAUGGCCAACUACAAGGUUGGAACCGAUGAAAACAAAGUCAACACCAGAGUGAAGACUGCUCUGAAGUCUGGAGUAGCAAAGGGAGCCCUGAAACAAGUGAAGGGAACCGGUGCCUCUGGAUCUUUCAAGGUUGGAGAGAAAGUCAAGGCGACCAAGCCUAAGAAGCCCGCAGCGAAGAAGGCAGCCGUGAAGAAGCCCAAGAAGCCCGUAGCAGCUAAGGCCAAGAAACCUGCAGCUAAGAAAGCAAAGAAGCCCGCAGCUAAAAAGCCCGCCGCCAAGAAAGCAGCCAAGCCAGCAGCCAAGAAGCCCAAGGCAAGCAAGCCAAAAUCACCCAAGAAGGCAAAGAAGCCCGCAGCAAAGAAGCCAGCAGCCAAGAAAGCCGCAAAGAAGUGAACACGAAAGUAACUCUUCUUAACCCCACACAAAAGCCCUUUUCAGGGCUACCCAAUUUCCUCAAAAGGUGUACAUGGAUUGCUCGAAAUAACGCAUGAGUUGGCUGUCCAUGACUAAGCAAGGUAAAUGGUAGUAUAUAAAUGAGUUUACAUACGAAACCAACAUUCCUCUAGAUUGCAUUGAAUUGUCAGGCAAAAACAAAUGUAAACAUAAUUGUCAAAAGGUAAAUUUUGGUUACCGUUAUAUGCAGUAAUCCAAUAACACAAACCUCACGAUGCAUUUCUUGUUUGUUCAUUUACAGAAUGUCUGCUAAUGAUAUUGUAACCUUUAUGGUAUAUUAUUGAAUGUAACCCUCCGAUAUCGCAGAAUAAAGAUAUUGACUGGACACCCGAUACGAAAGUCGUAUGCUCAAGUUAGCGUGAACACCAAACGUAUCGUCAGGACUGUGUAUUAACUCACAUGUGUGUGUGUAGCUAUUGUGUCUGUUUACUGAGCUAUGCUAACCACCUCGUUUGUGUGUGUACCGCUCCACGUAGCACUCCCUUUCCUUGCAACAUAACAAGGUUACCGUUGAUAACUUAGCACGGUUAGUUUUGUGAAGAAGAAUUUAUUCAUAAUAAAAAUAUCGAUUACAAAUAAUAUGUAGGGAGGUUGGAUAUUUAAGUAUUUUAUACGAGUUGAGGUAAUAAUUCGGAUAUUGUUUCAUCUUGUCCUACAUUGAAGACAUAACCCGACGACAACAUUUAUAUCAGUUACACUGAAUGUUUUUAAUUUAAAUUGUGUCCGGCGUCAUAAUGGUGACGUUGUAACAUUUAUUUUUUGGAUAGGAAUGGCUCCGUCUUGUCUUACCAUGGUAAUUUAUAUUCUGAAGAACUGUAUACAAUAAGUAGAUUUGGACCAAUAAUAAACUCCUAGUAUGUACCCUCAGUGUACCGUCGUCGUAAACUCCAGAUAUCGAAUACCAGACCAAACAGAAAUCUUGAUUUCAAUGUUAGUUAUGUUUAGGACAAAAUAUUACUGAAUCGUUAUGAAAAGAAACUGCUGUGUCAACAAAGUAUUUUAAUUCUGUGUUGUAAAUACGAAACGAAAACUCUUGGUUCAAGAGAACCCUGUAUAGUGUGCAAAAUGCCACACAACCUCUUUUAAUAGCAAAAAUAUAUAUUUCUCUUCAUUCUUCAGUUAAAUAAAUAAAAUUUUAAUU